GAUUGAAUAUAAUGGAUGUGAAUUCGAUUUGUUCUUUGCCGCCGAUUGGUCAUCCUCCACCAAAAAAAAUUCCAGAGUUUCCAACCUCUAAUUCUUCAAUCGAAUGUGUUCAUAGUUUACCAUCACCACCAAUUAUUGAACCUCCGAAUGAAAAAGGAGGUCCGCAUCUUCCACC